AUGUCUUGGUGUGAAUGUGAUCCACAAAUUCUUGGCAAUAUAAUUCUCUACAUCACACAAAAGAACUUAUGUUACAAAAUUCAGUCCAUUGACAACCAUAUUAUAGUAACUGAAGUCCCUGAGCUUGCCAGUGACCACAAAGAAGCAGAUACAAGGUUAGUUUUACAUGCAUCACACGCAUCGCUGGACUACCAAAACAUUGUAAUUAGAAGUCCUGAUACUGAUGUAUUUGUAUUUGCUCUGUCAACUUGUCUUCCGUCAACAGCAUACUUCGAUACUGGUGUUGGUAACAAACGCCGCAUUAUCAAUAUAAAAAAAUGUGAAUCUGAUCUCGGUAAUGAUUUGUCGAUUGCUAUGACCGGAUUUCAUUUGUUUACAGGUUGCGAUUCAACAAGUGCAUUUUAUGGAAAAGGAAAAGCAAUCGCUUUCAAAGUCCUACGGAAGAAAGCGAAGUACUUAGAUGCUUUUAAAACUUUAGGUGAUUCAGUACCACCAUCUGAUGAACUAGUAAAUAUACUGGAAACAUAUGUCUGUGAUUUAUACGGGGCUGAACAAGAAGAAUCAGUUAAUUCCGCUCGUUACAUAUUAUUCAAAUCUGGUAAAUUUAGCGAGGAAGCGUUACCACCAAAUAAAGAUUCGCUUGUUCAACACAUUAAAAGAGCUAAUUAUGAAGCUUUUAUCAGAAAACAAUCAUAUAUAGCAGUGAUUAACCCACCAAGUCCUUUUGGAAAUGGUUGGUUUAAUGAUCAAGGUUCAAUUGCCAUAUCUUGGAUGGAAAUGCCUGCUGCACCCGAUUCGUUGCUUGAUUUUGUUCACUGUUAUUGCCGUGAUUGUUCCACUAAAAGAUGUUCUUGUAAUAAAGCUGGUGUCGUUUGCACAGACCUUUGCAAAUGUAAUGGUUGCAGAAAUCAUGGUGGUGACCAUCAAGAAGCGGAUGAUGAUAACCAAUCAGAUGAAUCAUACGAAUCUGAGUCUGAUAAUGAUUAG